CAAUUGGUCAGCACUCGAGAUAGUUCCAGCCAAGUGUUCAGCAUAGCCCCAGGUGGCCCCCACAGUGUGUGAGUGUGUGCCCUAUAUCUCGGUAGUGUUCAGGUCCAUUGUCCAGGCUCGAUGAUCGCUUGAUAGCAGGUGGUGGUGUCCAGCAGAGUGAGAGUGUGAACAAGGUGCGUGCAGAUCGCUGCUGAUCGGUGUGCCAGAGAGUAGUGUGGCGAGUCGUGUGCGUUGCCAUAGCAACCAGACAGGCCACCGUCACAGGCAGCAGCGCACCACCAUGAGCGAUACGUGCGGCUCGAAGGUGCUCGAGUUCUACCAGGACUCGGUCGUCCUGAUCACGGGCGCCAGUGGCUUCCUGGGGAAGGUGCUCCUGGAGAAGCUGCUCCGCUGUCUGGACGCACGCAAGGUGUACGUGCUGAUCCGCCGGAAGCGCGACUACAACGCGCAGAUGCGCCUGGAGCAGAUACUGAAGUCACUGUUAUUCGACCGCCUUCGCAACGAGACCAAGGCGGCGAAGGGUCUGUUCGACAAGAUCGAAGCGGUGGAGGUGAACUUCGAGCGCGACGACCUCGGGUUGGAGCCAGCGCUCCGGGACCGGCUGCGCAGCGAGGUGGAGGUGGCCUUCAAUCUGCUCGCCUCGGUCAACUUCAACGAGGCGCUGGACCAGGCACUGGAAACGAACGUCGAGUGCACCCGGCGCGUCCUGAGCCUGCUCAGUGGCGCCCGUCGCAUCAAGUCCGUUGUCCACGUGUCGACGUUCUACUCGAACUGCAACCGGACGGUGAUCGAGGAGAAGAUCUACGACGACAUCGGGUUCGGCGGGUACGACAACAUCAAGAGCACGUUCGCGAAGCUCCAGGAUGACCACAAGCAGUUCCUGUCGCCGGUCGUGCUCGGCCAGUUCCCGAACUCGUACACGUUCAGCAAAAAGUGCGCCGAGGUGGUCGUACGCGACAAGUUCGGCCACCUGCCGGUCGGGAUAUUUCGACCACCAAUAGUGACCUCCAGCUACCGCGAACCCGUACCUGGAUGGAUCGAUAACUUUAACGGCCCGAGCGGCAUGGUGGUACCGCUGUCGCAGGGCCUGUACAGUGCCGCCCUGUUGGAUCCCAAAAAGAAGCCGUUCAUCGUGCCGGUCGAUUUCUGCGUGAACGCGCUGCUGGUGUGUGCGUACGACGUGAGCAAAUCGAGCGUCACCAAAACCAUCCCCGUCUACAACUACACCGACGACAGCAACCUCUGGACCUGGGAUCAGGUGAUCAACGGUUUCUUCAGCGGACUCGGCCCGAUCAGGAAGCUAGUGGCGAAAUACUUCACCGGCACAAUCACGGCGAAUCCGUUGCGGUAUGCAAUCUGCAAGCGCAUCAUGAUGUUCCAGGCCUUCUGCCUGGACCUGAUCCGCACCUUCACCGGGAAAGAGAAAAUCAUGCAACGGUUGUUCGCCAAGAUGGUGACGCUGAGUGAGGUGCUGAGCUUCUUCUGCCUGAACGACUGGCGGAUGACGAACGCCAACAUUCGCCGGAUCAGCGAGGAGAUGUCGCCACUCGAGGCGGAACUGUUCCCCCUCGACAUCAGGAAGAUCAACUGGACCGAGUACUACCGGAACUUCGUACCUGGCGUGAUCAAGUACGCCGUCCAGCCCCGCAGCCCGAGCAUCAACGAGCGGAAACUGAAGGAGUCGAAGCUGCGGGAAACGCGGAAGCUCAACAGCGGCCUGUUCUACUUGCUGUGGAGCUCCGUCUUCAUCAUUGCGCUGAAAAUAUUUAAAACGCUCUUCAACAAGGUGUGAAGAACUUUCCAGAACUCCGUACGCUUCCAAUUUAUCUAGGUUGAAUUAAGGAUGUAAACGUAAACGAACAAGGUUACAAGGGACACGAACACCGCACACGCUACACCACACACACGCAUACACACGCCACAGCAGGGGCGGGCGGGCAGGAUCCAGGGAACACUACGCGCCAGAGGCAUGUCGCGCGCGCGGCCACCUCGUCAUAAGCAAUUGAUGGCACUUUCAACACGAAAGGGAAGACCAUCAAACAACAGUAGCAGCCACAACAAACGGAAACGGAAACAUCAACAUCAACAUCAAAAUAACAAGUAAUAGAAUACUAGAGAAAACGGGAAAAAACUUUGCCACUAGCUACGUAGAGCUAAGAUACCUGACAGUUCAGUGACAGAAUUUUUUUUUCAGACAAACGAUAACGAUUAAAUUAAUUAUAAAUAAAAUAAACAUUUUGUAGGCUUU